ACAACAAACCCGUCACGGCUUACGACUUUUUUUUGUCUCUCGCCCUCGUCUACUAAUUAAUUUUUCCCAAGAAUUUACGCGUGAUUUUGUUUUCUUUCUAGAUUUUUUUUCGACAUUGUAUAUGUAGUAAAUGAAUUAUGAACGCAGACAAAUUAUGCUACUAUUUUCUAAAGUUAUUGUACGUAACUGUAUGUGGGCAUGCUUCUUCAGUUCUUUGUUUUUUAUAAUAUAAAGAUCCAUUGUAUAUGGUUUUCCAAGUGGACAAAAGUUCGGUUAUACGCAGUGGCGAAUCUAGAUAGGUUUUGGGUGGGCAGCUGCCCCUCAUGAUUUUGUGAAAGUUUUGUUCAAAGAUUUUUUAUGUUGCCUUUUGAUAUGUUAUAUACUUAUAUACUCUGCCGCCCCGGAUGAGAAUGCACCACCACUGGUUAUAAUACGUGUUACGUUAGCACUUGGAGGAUUAUCAUUUUUCUAAUCGUAAUUCUCUCGUUUUAUAAAUAUUUUUGUAUAUUAUUACCCACUACUAGUAGCUCAUUAGGUACUACAACAAGACUCCUUUUAUGCUUACGAAGAUUCAGCUUUCAUUACUUCUUUUAUUCUUCUAGAUUCACCGGUUCAGUAACCACGAUUGUGGUACGCUUCUGUACUUUUCUUCCUAAUUGCAGAAAUAUACAGAAAAGAUGUGUGAAAUUUUCAAAUUUAAUUUCUUAUAAUUAAAUGAUAAUUCCUACCUAUCAUCUUUGACCCACAAAACUAACCAAAAAAGGAAAUUCCUUCGUGACAUUUCCAAUCGUAGAUGACCGGAAAUGACACGGUCGAGGUUCUUCGAUGGUCGAUCUGAGGUGUUCAGAAUACUUCCGAUCGCUUUAGACCAACAACCAAAAAACACCAACGCUCCUAUCAGAUAUCAUCUAGGCUUUUCAAUCCGAAAAAGCAAAACCCGAUAGUUAGUUCGUCCGGACAAAGACUAAUAUCAUAUGGAACCCAUACUUUAAAAACUAUCUUUAUAUAUCAUUCAAAAGCAUCUUAUACUUUUAAAAUAUGGGUCAAAAUCUAAUUUUAGUUAAAUUAUAGUCGGAUUGGUCAUAUUUUAAUUGUUGAAACAAGAUAUUUAAACGAUCUCUAACAUCCACAAAUGAAUAAUGAAAUUAAACUCGUGAUGUUAGCUACAUAACAUCAUAAAAUUGAGGGAUGUUGUUAUGCAUAACAUAUACUUCGUGUGGUUAAGUAUACAUUAGUUUAGUUUGAAUUGUUAGCCAGACCAAUACUUCAUGUAUCUAGCAAUCAUUUCUCUUUUUAAAAUCAUAAGCUGUAUUUUCCCAGAAGUAGCACAAAUCUCUAAUUCGCAUUUGAUACUAUUGAAACAACACCUCUUAACCAAUUACUUCCUUUAUAAUCUCCAUAAAAGUUAUAUGUUACUGUUUGACAACGUGCAUGAAGUAACACGUUGUGUGAUAUUCCUUUGAGGCUUUGAGUAUUGAAUAAACAACUUGAAUAAAAUCAUAGAAGCCCCUACGCUCGAUGAAAUUGGGACAGCUAAAUGGGAAAAUGUGUCAAGAUAACACGUAAAGGGGAGACAAUAACAAAUUUGAAUAAAACCCUUAUCAACCUCGAAGGAUGAAAAUGAAACAAACCCUAAUUAAUUAAAAAAAAUCAUCGAGCAUAUCAGUAGUUGGAUAUUCAAAUAGUUUCCAACCGUUUAAUAGAUUCCACACAUACUAGCACGUCUCCCUUUGGAAUUACCUUCCACAUUUUUUUUUAACUUACCUUUCACAUUUUUUGAGCUAGUGAAAAUGUAUAUAAGUAAUCUAAAUUACGACAGCAUUUUUGCGUUUUAUAAGAAAAUAUCAUUAAUUGUCUCUUGCAAUUUCUACAUAUUAUCAGUUCUGCAAACAAAUUAAAUGUGUAUCACCUUAAUGCACAACAAAUGGUUAUCCGUAGCAAGCACGCAAUUUCAUAGUCAGACAACAAACACAUCACAAUCUCCCUCUCUCUAUGUAUAUAUAUAUAUAUACAUCACACAUGUGGGUGUACAUAAAUUCGUGUAUAUAUGCUUUAAAUUCCGUAUAUUCAUUUUCAUCUUUAUAGAAAAAAUCCCACUCGCCAUAUAUAGUCCCUCAAUAAAUACCCCCAACCACAUUCCAUAAGCCCUCCCUCACUCUAUUCACACUCACCCUUCAUUGUAAAAGCAACAAACAGGGAAGAUUUUCAAACUAAAAUCACGUACAAACAUUUCAUUUAGGAAGAACUUGAAAAUUAUGGCGAUGAAAAAAACAAGCAAGCUAACACAAACGGCAAUGAUCAAGCAAAUCUUGAAGAGAUGCUCGAGUUUGGGGAAGAGGCAGAGUAAUGUGUACAGCGAAGAUGAAAACGGACAACCUCUUGACGUACCUAAAGGACAUUUCGUCGUCUACGUUGGAGAGAAUCGAGUCAGGUACGUUGUACCCAUUUCGUUUUUGACCCGACCCGACGAAUUUCAGCUUCUUCUCCAACAAGCAGAGGAAGAGUUUGGUUUCGAGCACGACAUGGGUCUCACUAUCCCUUGUAAAGAAGUCGUUUUCCGAUCUCUCACGUCUAUGCUCCGAUGAACAUAUCUUUUAGGGUUUUGCUUCUUUUUCUUAAAUAAUACAUUUCAAAUCGUUAGUUAGGAUGACAGAGGAAGCUGCUAAGUAAAUGCUUCUCUGUUUUAGCAAAAAUAAGUUUUAUAUGUUUUUGGCUAAUAUGGGUUUAGAGUUGUAACUUGUAAGAGUGAGACCUAACCCUUAUUUAGAGAACCCCAAUGAGAAUGAGUUAUUAUUUUUGGUUCUUUUCUCAGAUUUGUAGAAACCCAAAAACAACACAAAUUUCUGGUGAAGAUCACUCUCAUGGUUUUGUGGUUGAUGAAUGUGUACCCUGUGAGAAAGGUUUUUAAUAUUUAAUGAAUGAGACUUAAAAUUAUCAGGCUUCAGGUUUUA